CGGACGCUGAAUAAACUUCACUCACGUCACGUGACGGUAAAGGUACGUUGAGGUGGGCGUGUCCUCACGACUCUGUCUGCCGCUCACCUGGCCAGGGUCACUCUAAAGUGAUUUUUACACAAGUGCACGAGCGAAACAAACGCAUCUAUGGCUUCACCUCUGAAAGCAGGCUUUCAAAGACUCGAAAUCCAGAAAACUACAUGGGAUGUUCCGGACCGAUACACGUCACUCAAGCCGGUGGGCUCUGGAGCCUAUGGGACAGUAUGUUCUGCAAUAGACCAGAAGACUAAAGAAAAGGUGGCCAUUAAGAAACUAUACAGACCAUUCCAGUCUCUGAUUCACGCUAAACGUGCCUAUAGAGAACUCAGACUGCUGCGGCACAUCCAACAUGACAAUGUGAUCUGCCUUCUCAAUGUCUUCACCCCUGAUUCCUCGCUGGAGAAAUUUGACACUUUCUAUAUGGUGAUGCCAUUCGUAGCUCGGGAUCUUGGUCAUAUCAUGAGGAGGAAACAGUUAACCAGUAAAGUCAUCACAUACCUGUUCUAUCAGAUUCUCAGAGGACUCAAGUAUAUCCAUUCAGCUGGGAUCAUUCAUCGGGAUCUUAAGCCUAGUAACCUUGCUGUGGAUGAAAACUGUGAAUUGAAGAUCCUGGACUUUGGACUGGCAAGACACACGGAAACAGAGAUGACAGGUUACGUGGUGACACGCUGGUACAGAGCCCCCGAGGUCAUCCUCAACUGGAUGCAUUACACUCAGACAGUUGAUGUUUGGUCUGCUGGCUGUAUCCUGGCUGAGAUGAUAACCGGAGGGGUGCUUUUCCCCGGCAAUGACAGUAUGGAUCAGCUCAAGAAGAUCCUCAGCCUCACAGGGACACCGAGCUCAACGCUUGUUCAGAAAAUGCAAAGCAAAGAUGCCCAGUCAUACAUCCGGUCACUCCCAGUCCAGAGGAAAAAAGCCUUCAAAGACGUCUUUCCAGCUAUGGAUCCUGAUGCCCUUGAUCUGUUUGAGGACAUGCUGGUUUUGGACCCGGAGGUCAGACUUACAGCAAAAGAUGCCCUGUCACACCGGUAUCUGUCUGAGUUCCAUGACCCGGAAAAUGAGCCCAUCUCACCACCAUACGACGAUUCUUUUGAGAGUCUAGAACUGGCCGUCAGCGAAUGGAAGAGUCUUAUCCAUAUGGAGAUUAUGACAUUCGACCCAGACAACCCCAGAGUGACUGCAACAUAAUAUUUCAUCAUAUCUGAAGAGCAAACAACACUCCAAAGAAUGACAGACACUGUUUAUUGCUUUAUUUUCUAGACAAACGCUGUAAGCUAUAGCUGGGCAAUUCCGUGAAAAUGUCAACCUUACCACGAAAAAAUUAAGUUUUUACCAGUGGUUUUUACUAUGGUAACAGUAGAGAUUUUAACAUUUGGUGGUUCAAAUACCCAUGUGAGAUCUCUCUUCAAAUUUGUAAAACAUUUGUUUUAUUUUUAGUGCAUGAUUUUUCAUAGUCAGGUAAGUGCCAUUUUCAGGAUUGUCACAUCCAUAACGCUACAUAUUCCUCAUAAAUGGACACAUGAAAAUGAAUAUAAAGUAACUAUUUUAUGUUCUAUAAAGAGGUAUCCCUUCUCCAUUCAUUGGGUAUUAUUGCAUCAGGAUUGUGCAUUUUAUUUUAUAGAAAUCCUACAAAGUUUAUCGUCUCCCAAAAACUGCGUCCUUUUUUUGUCACAUCCAUAACGCAUGUUUAUUUCCCUUUUUUAAAAUAUACAUUUUUUUCAUAGAGUGACACUUUUUGAUGUUUAGACUCUAUCAACAAGGGUUCAGUAAAAUAUAAACAGAUGGUUCAAUAUAAUCGCAACAAAUUCAUUCUCUGAGCAUUUUUAUGUCACGUCCAUAACGCAAAAUGUCACGUCCAUAACGCUGGAAUUGCCCAGCUGUCUAUAAAACCAGAGCCGUAACAACCGUUAAGAAUACUGCUUGAUUGUUUUUCGAUGGGUGAUUCUUAAACUAUUACAUUUCAUGUGCACUCAAAAGGAAACUGUCUUUAAAACCCAGUGGUUAUUUACAUGUAUUCAUUUAGCAGAUGCUUUUGUACAAAGUUGCUUGCAAAUGAGAGAACGUUCAUCAAUGUCUUAAAAGCCAACCAUAAAUAUAGUACAAAAAACUAGGGAGAUGUUUUUUAGAAAUAAGUUAAAUGAUGGAAAGAUAAGGGCUUCGAUUUUUUCCCUUUUUUGUAGAUGUAUCAAUUUUAAACCUUUAAAGCAUUUUAGGACAAUGGUAUACUCUAAUAAAAUAAAUGUUAUUUUUGU